CUGCAGGCAGGGGUUGGAGCGGGUAAGCGGCGGCGGCAGCGAGAGCGGUCGCUAGCCGGGAACUUGGCGAGAGGAAACAGCUGAGUGUGAAGGAGGUGGGGGAGAAUCCGAGAGCUUGGAGCCAAUUCUCUGGGGAGGGGGCGGGUUGGCUGCCCUGCUGGCUCGGGCACCCCAGCUACUUCCAAGCCUUGUGCCGUCAGUUUUGUGGACUGUGGUGAAAUUGACUGGGGCUAAAGGGGUCCAUAUAGAUCUCAGUCAUUUGAACAGACCGAAGAGGAAUUUGGAAUAACAAUAAUAAAGGUUACAAUAAGUGUGCCCUGAAGCAGAAGCCUUGUGAUGAAAUGAAGAGGGACUAUCUGGAACGUGGAGUCACUGGAGAGAAAUAUGAAAGGCAGCACUGAUGGAGGCCUGAACUGCUCUGUUGUGUUAGCUGCUGGGGAAAGUAGUGUUUGAGAGAGGGGCAGUGCACUGUCACCACAGGAAGCCAUGAUGUCCGUUGAAGGCUCAACAAUAACAAGCAGAAUAAAGAACCUGCUUCGAUCUCCCUCGAUCAAACUGAGGAGGAGCAAGCCUGGGAGUAAGAGGGAAGACAUCAGCACUAAGGUGAUCUUGGAGAAGGUGUUGGGAAUCACUGUAUCAGGAGGCAGAGGACUGGCCUGUGACCCUAAAAGUGGUCUUGUUGCAUAUCCAGCUGGGUGUGUUGUUGUGCUCUUCAAUCCCAAGAAAAACAAGCAGCAUCAUAUUCUGAAUAAUUCCAGGAAGACUAUUACAGCCCUUGCUUUCUCCCCUGAUGGAAAAUACCUGGUUACUGGAGAGAGUGGGCACAUGCCAGCUGUUCGAGUAUGGGAUGUUGCUGAACGGAUCCAGGUGGCUGAGCUUCAAGAACACAAGUAUGGAGUGGCGUGUGUGGCUUUCUCCCCCAGCUCCAAGUACAUUGUCUCAGUGGGUUACCAGCAUGACAUGAUUGUCAAUGUUUGGUCAUGGAAGAAAAAUAUAGUUGUGGCAGCAAAUAAGGUCUCAAGCAAAGUGACAGCAGUUUCAUUCUCUGAGGACUGCAGCUACUUUGUCACUGCUGGAAACCGGCACAUCAAAUUCUGGUACCUGGAUGACAGCAAAACCUCCAAGGUGAAUGCCACAGUCCCUUUGCUUGGGCGUUCCGGUUUGCUUGGGGAGCUAAGGAACAACUUCUUUACGGAUGUUGCAUGCGGCAGGGGCAAAAAAGCAGACAGCACUUUCUGCAUCACUUCCUCAGGACUUCUUUGUGAAUUCAACGAGAAAAGACUGCUGGACAAGUGGGUGGAGCUGAGAACUACUGUGGCAAACUGCAUCUCUGUGAGCCAUGAUUACAUCUUCUGUGGCUGUGCUGAUGGUACGGUGCGGAUUUUUAACCCUUCAAACCUUCAUUUUGUGACUACACUUCCUAAGCCACACUUUCUAGGAACGGAUAUUGCCAGUGUCACUGAAGCCAGCCGGUUAUUCUCCAAUUUGACUGAUGUCAAGUAUCCAGAUACCAUCGCCUUGACCUUUGACCCAAACAACCAGUGGCUAUCAUGUGUUUACAAUGAUCACAGCUUGUAUGUAUGGGAUGUCAAGGACCCCAAGAAAGUGGGCAAGGUUUAUUCUGCCUUAUACCACUCCUCGUGUGUUUGGAGCAUUGAGGUAUACCCUGAGGUGAAGGACAGCAAUCAGUCUUGCUUACCCCCCAACUCUUUCAUCACAUGUUCCUCGGAUAAUACCAUCCGCCUGUGGAACACAGAGAGCUCAAACAUUCAUGGGGUCACUCUGCAUCGGAACAUUCUAAGCAAUGACCUGAUGAAAAUAAUCUAUGUAGAUGGAAACACUCAGGCCCUUUUGGACACAGAAUACAAUACAGGUGGAGGUGCAGAGAAGGCUGACAUGCAGGCCCAGGACACAAAAGUGGGGAUUCGCACAGUGUGUGUGAGUCCCACUGGGGAGCAUCUGGCCUCAGGAGAUAGAAUAGGCACUCUCAGGAUCUAUGAGCUGAAAUCCUUGAAAGAGAUGCUGAAGGUGGAAGCCCAUGAUUCUGAAAUCCUCUGUCUUGAGUAUUCCAAACCAGAGACAGGAUUAAAGCUUCUAGCAUCAGCUAGUCGGGACAGGCUGAUUCAUGUUUUGGAUGCAGGGAAGAACUACAGCCUGCAACAGACCUUGGAUGAGCAUUCAUCUUCCAUCACAGCAGUAAAGUUUGCAGCCAAUGAUGGAAAGGUACGAAUGAUCAGCUGUGGAGCAGAUAAGAGUAUCUAUUUUCGCACUGCACAGAAGGCUACAGAUGGGGUUCAAUUUACUCGUACGCAUCAUGUUGUUAGGAAGACCACGUUGUAUGACAUGGAUGUGGAUCCUAACUGGAAAUAUGCUGCCAUUGGAUGCCAGGACCGGAACAUCAGGAUCUUCAACAUUAGCAGUGGGAAGCAAAAAAAGCUAUACAAGGGAUCCCGAAGUGAAGAUGGCACUCUCAUCAAAGUACAAACUGAUCCCUCAGGUCUCUACAUUGCAACAAGUUGCUCUGAUAAGAACCUUUCUAUAUUUGAUUUCUACUCAGGGGAGUGUGUGGCCACAAUGUAUGGGCACUCAGAGAUUGUAACUGGGAUGAUGUUCACCAAUGACUGUAAACACUUGAUUUCUGUCUCAGGUGACAGCUGUAUAUUCAUCUGGCGGCUGAGUUCUGAGAUGACCAUCAACAUGCGGCAGCGGCUGGCUGAUAUGAAACAAAGAGGGAAGCACGUGGAGAAAGCACAACCAGGCAAAGCAGCUGGGCUCAUCAGACAUGAAUCUGUCUCUAUCCUGUCAUCUGCACCAGUGUUCUCAUCAGAUAGUGACAAAGAUGGUGAAGAUGAAGGGAAUGAUGAAGAUGAGUUGCAGGGUCUGCAGUCUUUCCAAAUGCAAAACAACAUUGAAAGAAACUCAGAUCUUUCUCUUUCAAGAAGCUUAUCCCAGUGGGAAAUGAGGAGGGCAAAAGACAUUGCAAUGAGCCAGUGUUCAGAGGCUACUAUGAGCAAGGCACCUCGGCAGCGUGGGCGUUGGUCCCAACCGACCAGCAGCCUAGAGAUGACAGUUAAAUCCAUGCUUGAUUUACGCCAGCUGGAGUCCUACUCAGUCUCCCGGUCUCCUAGCCGAGACUCCAUGUCCCAGGCCAGCAAUGGGGAUGACCAAGAAGAUUAUGCUGAUCUCCCUCUGCAAGUCAACAAUGUUGUAGACUACACACCUCCUCAAGAAAACCAACCCUGUGUCCGACCUCAAGUUAUUCGUCUUAUAUCCUGUGAGGAUGGGAUUUUCUCCCAGGAACUGGAGCCUUCUGAGAGUGAGAAGUGUGUGAUCUAUCCAGAAGAAGAUGACAUUCACCCUACAGAUAUUAGCAGUGACUUCCAGGUAAAGGCACUCCCCCAUGGGAAGCUAGGUAGAGGCUACAACAGUAGUGGAUGUCCAGAUAAACACAGCCCUGACAGUGCCUGCUCUGUGGACUACAGCAGCAGCCGACUAUCAAGUCCAAAUGAAGAUUCUGAGAGUACAGAACCUCUCAGCGUUGACGGUACCUCAGACUUGGAUGAACAGGGAGAAGGAGAAGAUGAAGAGGAAGAUGUGGGCAUUGGACAGUUGGGAGGAGAAGUUCCUAGAACUCCAGAUCAGGAGAAGUUCCUCAAGCAACAUUUUGAGACUCUGGCCAGUAAUGGUGAAAAGGGUGGAUCAUGUAGGAUCCAGGAGAGAACAGAAAACAGCAUUUCUUCUCGCUUUCUGUCCCAGUCUCCAGCUCUCAGACAAUUGUCACUUUCUUCAUCUAAUCUGGCACUGGAUCAAAAACCUGUUGAAGUUCCUGCUUUGUCAAAGCAAGUUCCUGCUAAUUUGUUGAAAAAUGGGAUGGAUCACCUGAUGGAUCACCUGUCCACAGAGAGUGGCAGUGUUCAAAAUGAUGUGAAUGCCUUUAGGUCUCUUUAUGUGCACAGAAAGAGAAAAUCUGCCUUAGAGAUCAACAGUGUUCCUGGAAGACCUCUUGGGCCAUUCCCAGAUAGUGAUGCAGUGAUGAGAAAAUCCCAGUCAGUUCAUGACCUUAUUCAUAAUGAUAAGGUUCCAGGGGUGGUGAUGCUUUCUGCCAGGCAACGUCCUCAGACCCUAAUGGUAGGUGAGAAGGAUUCCAGAUCUAAUCACUGUCGGAUAUUGCCUGCAACUUUGUUGAAGAUGGAUGGCUCCAACUCACUGCAAGCCAAAGACUGUAAAACUACAAAACCAAAGUCCUACAUGAACCCUACUACAAGCUUCAUGGCCAAGAUGUCCCGUAGUAUAUCUGUGGGAGAAAAUCUAUGCCUUGGUGAUUCUGCAGAAACUAUGAUUGAGGGAGAGAUCAGCCUGCAGGUACCAGAGAAGACACAGUUAAAUCCUUCAGGAGACACAGAGAAGAUCAAGCCACUCGUAAAAGAAAAUGGCCUAGUGAAACCUGCUCUUCAGCAAGCCACAUGCUCACCCAAGUCCUUUCACAGCAAGUUAGGCUCUAACCGAGCCCACUUAAUCCUCGACAUCCCCAAACCAUUACCUGACAGACCAACAUUGGCUUCUUUCUCACCAGCUGCGAAAUCAAAAACGCUAGAGUCUCCCCAGUCACCUGCUUGCACUGGUAAAAAGAAGCAAUCCUUUCCUGAAGUACGGACUUCUAAGACAGAAGACCAAGUAGCUGUCCUUUCGGAGCUUGGCAAAGAUUGCUCAGCAAACCCCUGUACAGAGAUCUUGAAAGAGAAUCAAACGUUAUUGAGGACUGAAGUCCAUUCUGAGCCAGGAGUUACUAAUUCCCAGACAAAAGCAUUUUCAGAUGAAUUACCUCCAAAGCUUUCAGAGGACAGUACAGGCAACAGCACCUGCACUGGCUGUGUGGCAGAGACCCAGCAUGGGUUUUACCCUCUUGAACAAAGCAGACUGAGGUCUCCCACAACAGUGGCAGCCCCAGCAGAGGACUCAGGUGUGCACAGAUACUCAUCUCUAAUCUUCCCCCUUCUGUCUCCUGUCUUUGUGAAUCGCUUCACAAUUCCAUCUCAUUUCUUUACGUCCAGCUUCUGGCCUGUCUCGUCUUGUCUGCACCUGUCACGUUCCAUAAGCCAUCCUUUCAAUGGAGGUUCUUCCAUCAGUGUUGAACAGUGCAAGCAUGUUGUGUCGGAGCUCCAGGAUAGCAUGCGCAAGGCCAUCCAUCUGUACCAUGUGGUAUCUGCUGACAUGGAGUCUUCAGCAGACAAAAAUGAGAUGGCUGGCCUCUUGACAGACACCUUCUCUCUGAUGAAAAAAGAACUAGAUUCCCUCAGGGAUGGGAAAGAACUCCAAAACAAGAAAGUGAUGUUGGUGAAGCAGCAAGAGUCCGUUGUAAUGCCUCUGAGUGAGGAAAGCAGUGCCACCUUAUCAAUUCCUCGUCAUUUUCGGGAUGAGCAGACUCUUGCUUUGUUGGAACAAUACUCAAAGUUGUUACUACAAGCUGUUGAACGACGUAUGGAUAAAAAACUCUAAAAAAAAGUCAAAAUGAACUUUUUGAAGAAAACUGAUAAUCACACAGAAAAACUGAGGUCAUGGUGAAAGCCUGGGAUGAAUGACAUCAUUACUUUUAUCUUUUGUGGAAAGAUUUUGUUUUCCUUCAAUAACAAACAAUACUCUUAAGAGUCUGUCUAUGAAAAAUGUGCUGGUCACAGUACUGAUUCUUUGUGUGCGCUUCCUCUCUUUGAACAUUGUUUAGAGAAACUUCUUGGAAAUUUCUUCCAGGCAAUAUGUUUUAUGUUUGACUUAGGACCUCCCCCCUACAGGAACAGACAAACAAACUAAAUUGUAAUCUGUGGUGCAAUUUGAAAUGCUUGGUUUUGAAAGAUACAAGGAUGACACCAAUCUCUCCCUCCUUUAGGCUUGUCUUGGUAAUGUACAGACUAUUAAACUUUUUAUUUAUUAAUUUAUUUUUGUGAUUACAGCUCUCAACGUUUCACUCACAUUGUGUAGCUGUGGCUGUUUUUCUGUAUCUUUCUUGCUAUCUGUAGCAAGAGACACCUUUAUUACAGUAAAUGAACUCAUAGAAUGGCAGGCAUGAUAACUGAACUAUUUUCUGCUGCAACCUGCCUUGCUGAAUUUCACUCCCUAAUGCCUUUUUUACAGUAAAUGGACUCAUAGAAUGGCAGGCAGGAUUAGUGAACUAUUUUCUGCUGUAACCUGCCUUGCUGAAUUCCACUCCCUAACACCUAGGUUUACUACACAGAGAGCUUUUUGUAUUUAUACUUCUCCCUCUUUGGUUUCUAUACUAAAGAAAGGCCUGUGCUUUAUGUACAUCUGCAUUUGCUUCCAGAGGACGAUAUAUCUUUUGGACCAAACUCUGGAGAUUUGUUACAGGGCUGUUUUUAAAUGGAGCAGCAUUUUACAAAAACUGUUUUUAAUGUGUUCUUAGAUUUUAAAAAAAGUAAAACCUGGUCUUUUGUCAGACACUAAGCUGUUUCAGAAUAAUUGAAGAAUAGUCAAAAUCUGUUAAAGUUUUUAGCCACAUUGUUCAACUGGAAUUGUAUAAUGCUUUCUUGAUAUUAAAAUGAUUCUGGUUUUGGAGAUUUAGAACUUGAGGAGACCAAGGUGGGGGGAUGCUUUUUAAAGAGAAACAGAAGAACAGGAUGGCUUUAUCUUUUAUUCUGCCCUAAUGUGAAUUGAAAAAUUGUUAGCUCUCCAGUACAGUUCAACUGAUGUACCUAACCUGCUAAAAUGGGAAACCUUUCAUCUGUUUCCAAAGCUAAUGACAGAAAACUAUCAAGUGUAAGUGGGUAGCAAAUAUGCCAUGUUGUGACUGUCUCUGUUUCCUUUUCCAUUAUGGACUAUGGGAAGAAAUACAGUUUAAAAUGACAUAUCUGUGGAGUGGGAAUGAAAGAUGCAUGGGAUGUUAUAAUGUUUAGUGACCACCUUAUCUUACCAGUCUUGUCCAAGCCCAUAGAAAUUAGUUUAUUGCCACAGCUCACAAAAGGUAAGAACUGUUCAUUAUUAUUUAAAUGUAAGUGGCCUCCUAGAAAGUAUGUAUAAACAUUUUUGGCAUCUUGUAAUCUCUCUCUCUCUCUCUCUCUCUCUCUCUCUC